AGCCAGUAGCAGCAGUAUAGGGAUGUUACCGCAGUCUUAUUAUUCACGGAGCGCAGUGAAUUGGUGAAUUCAAGCCGCGCCUCUCGUCUGAAAGAAAACCCAACUCUAGUGAAAGUGCAUAAAGAAGGAGGGUUUAACCACCCGAAGAUUGAUGACAGCAGCAGUUGGGUUGUAGUAUAAAAUGAGAGUGAAGAGUUUCGACUCUACGCGAGUGUUUUGUUGGAGAGCAUCAAACUUGGAAGUGUAUAAUAACAUGGAGUGCGGGAUUCUUCUUUUUCUUCUCCCGCUACUGCUGACUCAUUUGCUUUUAGUGCGUGCGGCAGAUGAUGCUGCGGAUAGUACCCAGGUGAAGGCUGGAAAUGUUUCGACGGUUAACGAAUGUUAUUGGUCGGGCGAGGGGCCGAUUUGCGAUGGAAAAUGCCGGGCGGGAGAAACUGUCGUCUCCGAAUCGAAGAAAAAUGACGGAAAUGGCUGCAUCAUUGGCAAGAAAAUGUAUUGUUGCAAGGGUGGUGCUGUUUUAUCGAGUAAGAACGGAACAGAACCAGUGGCUCUUCACCAUGUGAAACGACAACACGUAAUUGAAGUAACCUACUCGUCGUCGACACAAGGACAGCUCCUAUUAGAAGACACGAAAGAUGAUUGCUAUUGGGUCGGUAAGUCCCCAAACUGCAAGGGCUCCUGCCUGGAAGGUGAUUACAUGGUGAACACGUCCCGUACAGCCAACGGAUCCACGUGCAUUGUCGGGAAAAAGAAAUAUUGCUGCAAAGGCUCUGACACCAAUAACACAUUAAAUGACGUGCACACUCAUCCCGGCAGCAGCAGCAUCACUACAGAGGCUGCUCCCGUGAAACAAAUGACGAACGGCAAUUCAUCUUCCUGCUACUGGGUGGGCAAGGCGCCCAUUUGUUUGGGAUCCUGCAAGUUUGGUGACUACGUGGCCGACAAAUCUCCCACCGGCGACGGCGGAGGGAAAUGUGAGAGUGGCCAGAAAAAGUUUUGCUGCGCUCGACAACAAUCGACCGCGCCCGUCUCGACCGAAGAGCCGCCGCCGCCCCUCAAGACAACGACCAGCAGUAGUAUCGGACAAAUGGACAAUGUCAACAAUUCAAUUUCCAAUUGGACAAGUGCGAGACCUUUUCAAGCGCGACGUCGGCCAACGCCCAGGGGUUUGCCAAUCAACUCGACUGUCACCAAUCGCGUCAAAAUCGUCAAAAUCAAACGGAAAUUGGUCAUGUCGACUCCGACAGCCGCCAACGUGUCGACGUCGAUUUCCAUGACGUCGGAAACUUCGUCAACUCUGGCGAUGGAUCAAUCGUUAUUGACUCUUCCAUCAACAACAGAAUCGACGGUAACGACAACAGCGACAGCACCAUUGACAGCAACAACAGAAUCGACGACAACGCCAUCGACGACAACAACAACAGAAUCGACGACAACAGCAACAGCGACGACGUCUUCGACGCCAAUUCGACAUCCAAUUCGUCAUCCAACUCGACAUCCAACUCGACAUCCAACGACUUUGGCGGCACGGUCGACUUCAACAGCAACGGAAUCAACGUCACUUGCAACCGGGCCGUCAAUACCAGCCUCGUCGUCGAUAAAACCGACGCCGGCCAGGGCCCCGAAAAAGUUUGAACCGUUUUUCAAUCUGCCCGACGUCCUGCCCGUCCCUUUGAUAUUCCGAAUACAGAAAUCCGCCGACACGGACAUCACCAGCCUGAAUGCAAACAUUGCAACAACAUCAAUUAUUCAAUCAUCAACGACGUCAACAACCCCAACCACCUUGGAAUAAUAAAAAAACCAAAAAAGAUCCUAUGUUAUAUCGUCCUGGCGACUGGGGUCCCGGUUUGUCAACAAACGGAACGCAUCGGUGCAAAUAUCAUCAAUAAUGGGACCGCCGAUUGUUUUGCAGCGCAGCAAGUUAUAUAUAUUCCUCUGUUUCGUAUCAAUGACUACUUUUGAAAUUAAUAAAAUACAACGUCAAUUGUU